AAACAUUGUGGUUUCCCUAGGCAGAAACAUGCAACUGCUGGCUCCCUGUUCGUGUUAUUGGCACAGGAAGUGUCUACUACAUAGAAUUCAGACUAGAAAGUAUGCACAGGUGGUUUAUUUGCAGGUUUAGUUUUUUUCUGGUCACCAAUAAACAGAGGGGUCCAACCUGUUAUAAGUACAAAACCUUUGACUGAUAGCAGGAAAGUCACCCUGUUACUACGUGAUACGUAGAGGAGCAAGGGAUAGUUAUAAAGUCACAUGGCCUCACUAAUAUAGGUUGAUUUAUCUUUAUUUCUGCAUUUUCCUUGUACACCACAAUCAAUAAGCAGGUGGAUGUAGAUGAAUGGGAGUGUGGACUAAUUAUAUAUGUAUUCACAGUCUCCCAUACUGGUAGGAUUAAAAAAAUGUUUUACCCUAAAAACUUUUUUAACCAUUAAUACCAUAAAUUAGAAGACUUGAGCAUGCUGUGCUUUGCUUUAACCCCAGUUAGCAUUGCAGGAACAGGAUGGGAACCCCGCUCGAUGCAUGAAUUGUUAAUAUCACUCUGCAUGACACAUAAUCUCAGGGGUAGAAUUACACUCUGGAUGUAAGGAGUCAAGGUUUUUUUUCCUCUUGCAAGGCACAUGAAAUGGUUUUAAAGAGAAGUAUGACACAUUAACUUGGACAUAAGGCUGUAAUGUCAACACUCUCCUUUGAGGACCUUAGCUUGAAAGAUGAAGGCUGUCUUUCACCAACUAUGUCACGAGCCACCGACACUGACUCUGAACAAGACUUGGAGUCCGAUGAGAAGAAGACAAUCAGCAAGGAGAUGUCUGUCGUUGAGGUGUACACGGAGGCCUGCAAACUGGUGGGCGUGGUUCCGGUUUCCUACUUCAUUCGAAACCUCGGCGCCACAACAAUGACACUCACCCACCACGGGCUCGGACCUUUAGGCUGCAAAGCGCUCGCUAUCGCUUUGGUGUCUGAUGAGCACGUAAGGACUCUUGAGCUCGCCUACAAUCGCAUUCAAGCUGAAGGGGUCAAAUGUCUGGUGGAGCUGCUGAGGGCUAAUUUUACCAUCCAGCAUCUGGAUUUAUCAAACAAUCAUAUACAAUCUGAAGGAGCUGAGCAUGUUGCUAAAAUGCUGCUGGACAGCAUUUCUCUGAAGUCUCUAAAACUUUCAGGAAAUAAAUUCACAGAUGACGAUGCUAGACAUUUCACAGAAGCACUGUCAACCAACUCCAGGAUAAAGGAUCUGGACCUGAGUCACAAUGAGUUUUGUGGGAGAGGAGGAGAAUAUUUGGGACAACUACUUGCAAACAACGAAGGCUUGGAGGUUCUGGACCUGAGCUGGAACCGUCUCAGGAUGAAAGGGGCCGUGGCUUUUUCUGCUGGGCUUAAGGUGAAUUCCAUGUUGAAACAUCUCAACUUAUCGUGGAACGGUUUUGGAAACGAGGGCGCCUUAGCCAUGGGCGAGGCCCUGAAAUUCAACAACACCCUGCUGCAUCUAAACCUCAGCCACAACUGCCUCACCAACGAAGGCGUCAGCAUGCUCUGCAGAGGGCUGGAAUACAACGAAACGCUACGCGUCCUCCUGCUGGCGUAUAACUCUGUAACAGUAGAGGGAGCUCUGGCCCUGGUCAACGUGGUGAAGAACACGCCGAAAACGGCUCUGGAGCAGAUCAACAUAUGUAAUGUUCUGGUGAACGAGAGCUUUGUGAAUCUUUUGGAGCUGACGUGUCAGGAGCAUCCCGGUCUGGAGGUGCAGUAUGGAGGGGUCGGAGGUUUCAUCGCUCACAAACCACCCAAACGGGUCGAUCCGAUGAAAGUCAUUCAGGAUUAUCUUGAUAAACGCAAGCUGCGUCUGUGGGAUUUCUUUCGGAAUAUCGACAAAGACGGCACCAUGCGGGUCUCUGUCACUGACUUCAGGAAGGCGGUUCAGCAAUCGAGCAUCCCUUUGAAUCGAUACCAGAUCGAGGAGCUGAUUCACAGACUUGAUCGGGACAGGACCGGAAUAGUAGAUUACAGGGGACUGGCAGACACAAGAAAACAGAUGAUGAGAGAUCACCGCCGUCAGCUGAAGAAAGUGGAGUCCCGUCAGAAGAAAGAGAAGCAGAAGAGCGACCGCAUACUGAAGACCUUCCAGACGGCAGUGGAAGCCGUCACGCCCCGCAGCUCCAUGAUCAUUUCCCCAGGAGGGGCCAAAGAAGAGUCAGGCGGCCCCCAGCCCUUUUCUGCUACCCCGCUCAGUUCCUGGCACCACAUCGUCAUGUCGAACAGCAGCCGCUACUCCGUCACUAACCUGAGCGGCGACCAUGUGCACCUGCCCAUGCUGGGAGGAACCCCCCCUUACCGUCCCACCAGUUCUCCGGCCAUGCGGUCCUACUCUCAGCCCAACCUGCUGGCUGAGUCCUCUCGCUCUCCAACAAGCAAAUCCAUCUCGGCUCAGGGCAUUCGCUCUGAUCUGGAGAUGGAGCCCAGCAAGCUAAGUCCUACUGCCAACAGCCUGACCAGGUCCAGGCCCGCUCUUAACGAAGAGCAGCCGGAGAGCAAAGCCAAAACCAAGAAAGUGAAGAAACGAAAAUUGAAGAAGCACAAUAAUAAAGACUCGAAGGAUCCUAUGAAAAGCAUCAACUAAUGUUGCCGUUAUUGAAGAAGAAAUAUGGCGUCUUCUUUGACUGGUUUCUUUAUUGUGCAGUGAUAAAUCUAUCCAAACUAAGCUAUACUUCAAAGUAAUCUUUAAACAGAUCUAGAUUCACUACAUUGUAAUUCAGUAUUGGAGUAGAAAUCUUUUUUCUAACAAGUGUUCUUAAGUUUUAUGUUUCCAUGUGUUGAUUUACACUGCAAAAACAGAACUAAAAAUAAGAAAAAUCUUCUUGAA